AUGGCCGAUCCGUCCCCGACCUCACACCCGAUCCUCGCCUACGUGCUCCGGCGGCUCCCGUCGAUCAAGACGGGGUCCCCGAGGCUGUCCUCCCCGCGCGACCCCGAGCAGCCGCCGCCGCCGUUCCCGUCCCCGCGCGCCCCGUCGGGCCCCGCGGAGUUCGAGCUCGUGGAGCGCAUGCCGGGCCUGCGCCACCCGUCCGUCCUAGCCUCCAUGACGCGCGCCGUCGCCGACAUCACCUGCGCGCGCGACGCGAUCCGCCACCUCGACCCCCGCCCCGACCACGAGCUCGUCGACGCCGCUCGCGCAUUCCUCCGCUCGCACGCCCAGGGUCAGGGAGACCCCGUCGGGCCGGGGCAGGAGGAGAUCGAGGAGAAGGUGGCGGCGAGCCGGGAGGUGGUGCGGCUCGACGAGGAGCACGAGGCGUACGGGGCCCUGCUGCGGGAGGCGGAGGAGAAGCUGGAGCGGGUGUACCGGAUGGCCAUGCACGGGCGGGACGUGGUGGAGGCCGGCGGCAAGAGAGGGGAGGACGAGGGGUCCGGCGCCGUCGACGAGGAGGUGGUGCGGGUGCUCAAGGAGGCGGAGGAAGGGAAGGUCGUGGAGAGAGUGAUCCUCGCCGACCGGCAGCUGCGCCACCUGCCCGAGCACUUCGGCCGGAUCCGCGGCCUCAUCGUGCUCGACGUCUCGCGCAACCAGCUCCAGGCUGUCCCAGAUGCCAUUGGCGGGCUUGAACACCUGGAAGAACUCCGCCUCGCUUCCAACGCUUUGGUCGCCCUGCCGGACUCCAUCGGACUCCUCUCCAACCUGAAGAUCCUCGACGUCUCAGGCAACAAACUGAGGUCUCUGCCCGACAGCAUCUCGAAAUGCAGGUCACUGGUCGAGCUGGACGCGAGCUACAACGUCCUGGCGUACCUGCCGACGGGCAUCGGCCACGAGCUGGUGAACCUGCAGAAGCUGUGGGUGCACCUUAACAAGCUACGCUCCCUGCCGUCCUCCAUCUGCGAGAUGCGCUCCCUGCGCCUCCUGGACGCGCACUUCAACGAGCUCCACGGCCUGCCCACCGCCUUCGGCAACCUGGCGGCGCUCGAGUCGCUCAACCUCAGCAGCAACUUCAGCGACAUGCGCGACCUGCCGGCCUCGUUCUGCGACCUGCUCGGCCUGCGCGAGCUCGACCUCAGCAACAACCAGAUACACGAGCUGCCGGACUGCUUCGGCCGCCUGGAGCGGCUCGAGCGCCUCUGCCUGGACCAGAACCCGCUGGCCGUGCCGCCGAGUGAGGUGGUCGCCAAGGGGGCGGGCGCGGUGAGGGAGUACAUGACCAAGAGGCUGCAGGACGAGGAGGAGCGGCGGAGGAACGCCAUCGUGGCGGCCGAGAGCCCCAAGGCGUCGUCUCCGAUCGCGUGGCUGUCCCGCAGCGUGUCGUCGCUGAGCACCUGGGCGAAGCAGGAGACGGCGGCGGAGGAGGACAAGUUCCUCGAGCAGGAGCUGUGA